CGGAGUUAUGAAUCACCAUAAUUUUUAAUUUCUAAUUUCGACCUCGACUUCUUCGAAUUGAGAGUCUCCAGAGAGUCUGGUAGCUGUGAUAUAUAUACUACUACCAGAGGAAUAUCCAAAAGACUGGCAGUUUGAGAACCACAACAGAAGCAAUGAUCCCAGGCCCGUUGAACCUGCCCAAGUGGCUCGAGGAGAACUCGCACCUCCUCCAACCACCCGUGAACAACUACUGCGUCUACGAUGAGGACGUGACUGUCAUGAUCGUCGGCGGCCCCAACGCCCGCACAGACUACCACAUCAACAGCACCCCCGAAUGGUUCUACCAGUACCGCGGAACCCUCCUCCUCAAAAUCAUCGACAACGGCAUCCCGCGCACCCUCCCCAUCACCGAGGGCUCCAUGUUCCUCCUCCCCCCCAACGUCCCACACAACCCCGUCCGCUUCGCCAACACAGUCGGGAUCGUAAUCGAGCAGCACCGCCCGGAUGGGAGCGUGGAUAAAAUGCGCUGGUACUGCCCGAGCGUCACGUGUAGGAAGGUGGUGCAUGAGGUCGAGUUCCAUUGCGUGGAUCUGGGGACCCAGAUUAAGGAGCAGGUACAGGCGUAUGCGGGGGAGAAGGGGGGAAGGGGGUGUGAGGCUUGUGGGACGUUUGCGCCGGCGAGGCCGGCGGAGGGGGAGAUUGAGGAUCCGAAUUUGCCGGGGAAGGGGAAAUAA